UUUUCCUUUCCUUUUUACUCCCCCAGUAGUCCCUAAAUCCCGUUUUUUCAGCCUUUCUCCCAGAGCAGGCCCCGGCAGCUGAGGCAGCCGACAGUGAUGGGGGUGUGCCAUGAGCUACCCCCAGCUGAGGUCUGGCCCGAGCUCUUUACAUUCCCUCCGGAGGGAUGCAGCCUAAAUACAGAGUAACAGGACCUUUAUAAACAUAACCAGCGAGGCUGCAGGGCUGGAAAAAGACCUUCUGUGUUUGACCCGUGCAAGAGAAGCUGUUUGUGCAGAGCAGAGGCAGCCUUUGGGGGCAAGGGAGGAGAUGCAGGAUGCUGGUGGGAAUUGGACCAGGGAAGGGGUGCGCUUCAGUCUCGCAGGUGGGUUUUCUCUUCCCUUGAUGGAAUUAUAACUCUCUCCCUUGAGACAGACUGUGGUGUGAACAAAUCUUGCCUUGUUCUUCUGAUUCUUCAGCCCACCCGGGGACAAAAGGAUGGUCUGGGCUCUUUCCCUGUGCUAAUGAGUGCCAAAAAAAGAAACUGCUUUUGUCUCUGUCCUGUAGCCUGCUAAAGCUCCUGGCAUCCUUCUGAUGCACGAUUGCCGUGCCGUAAGCCAUGGAAUAUUUCUUUCCACGACCUCUCUGCCUUCCUCCUAUUAGCAACUGCAGGAAAUUGCUUUUGGCAUGAUGAGGCUGGAAAUGAUCUCAAGGGACUGGUAAUGGGGGGACGGGGUGAAGCUGGGGAGGAGGUCACAUCGGUCGCAGCCUGCUGUCUUCGCCUUCAGACUGCACCUCCUUAUGUCUGCAAAGAGGGAUGCUCAGAACAGAAGAAAUGAAACAAGCUGCUUGUGAGUGCUGCUGCUUUUUCUUUGUUUGGUACAAUUAAUUCUCUUAUAAUUGCAAUGUUUUUUCUCUUUCCUUUUGCCAGCUGGGUAAUUUGCAGGGAACUAGUGGAUUUUUUUGUUGUUGUUUUUUUUCUGGGUAGCUGUUACUAUGGCAAGGAAACUUGAUUCAGUGUGAAGAGAGGUCAGAAAUACCAGACUGAACAUUUCAUGCAUGUUCUGUUUAAAGCCUCAGCUGCCAGGGUUUGAACAAGGGGAGAAGUAAAGGCACCAGAGUCCCUGGUUUUCAGAGGUGAUUUUUAAAAAGCCUUGUCUGUUUAAAAGUUGGAGUAAUUUCAAAACCAAGACUUUGGUAUUAUAUGACCUUGUGGGUGAGGACUGUCUAUGGAAAGGCUGUCUGUAGCUUGCUCUGAGGGUCACCAAGAAGCAGUGUUAGGCUGGGUCACGUAGCACCCUGCUGCAGGUGACCACAGCAGCUCUUGGUUUUGCAGGACCCUGCAGGAGAGCGGGCGUUUGCGAUGGGAGCUCAGGCUUCUCCCGUGCUGGGGGGGUUACAAAGGUGCCAGACUCUUCCAAAGACCCUGGUUCUGCUCAGAACCAUGAAUAAGCGGUGAGGAUUUGAGAAAAGCCUGUGGGGGUGCUGAGCAAUCUGGACUAUUAUAUGAUGGGGUUCUGGGCUCCUCUGAAAAAUCUUUGGGUAGCAGAGAAAUCAGCCUUAUCCCUGGGAGAGGGAUUUAUGGCUCCCUUCAGAGUGCUGAGAGGGGGGAAAAUAUGGACUUAGAGCCUCCUGGAACAUCUGCCCCUGUGAAUGUUGUGAUUCUUGUUGGCUGUGUCUUCACUGGAAUAAGGAAGAAAUAAAUUCCCUGAUUUACAGCAGGGAUUGGUAUCUGAGCCCACAGGGCCUCUUUGUACUGUGCUAACGUUUAUCUGAGAGUGGAAAAGGUGGCUGCACCAUGACAUUUAUACAUAUCUAGAAGGAAAAGCAGCUCACUUCAAUUGUAGUGAUUAAUGGGGAGGUUUGGGUGCUGCUUCCACAGCUGAAACUUUUUCAAGGUGUUGUUUGAGAUGCCCUGUAUCCUGCUAACUUCCAGUGCAGGUGAAAACAGCAUAAAGAAAAUUAUCACCGUGUUUCCCCUCCUUUCUCAUAGAAAAUUACCACCCCAUUUCCCCUCCUUUCUCAUCACUUGCUGAAAAUCCUUGAUUCUGGCCGAUAUAGGAUGUGACACCAGGGCAGCUCCAGCUGCAAGUGGUUACUGUUGUUAGGGUUUUGAGGAGGGGCAGGUGGGUGGGGGGUCCCAGCUCUACCAGCAGCUUCCCUGUGUGGGUGACCUGAGCACCCAGCCCAGCAGGGAGCUUCAGCUCAACUCCCAGCAGAGCAGGUAUGAGGGUCCCCGGCGAGCAUCCUGUGCAUGGUGUGCUUGGGCCCUGUGCACAGCAUCCUGCGCAUCCCACAGCUGGCACCUCUCGCCUUCUCCAUCCCUGCUCCUGGGAGCAGGCGAGCAACGGUGGGUGGUCUGGGAGCAGAAACGCUGAGCCACAGGGGACUGAUGCUUCCCAGGGGCUGGUCCCUUCUCCAAACCAGGCAUUGGAUCCUGAGCCUGAAGCAGCACCGGGAAAGCACCCGAGUGCUGGUGUAACUUGGAAUUGCGCAGGGAGGAGAGCCAGGAGCAGGCAGGCAGGGCAGAGCUGGACUGUGCCUGGCACCCUUGGCAGCAGGUGAAAUUCCUGGGGAUCUCCUUUCUGUGUCCCCCCCAGCCUUGUACCGUGACUGCUCUUCGGGACAGCAAGGGCCUCCCUGCACCGAAUCCCUUUUAACUGUCUUCAAGCCUGUGCUGUGUCAUCUCUCCCUGCUCUUACUCAAUAGAGUACAGGCAGCCAAGACAGAGCUGAAAUGAAGCUGCUCACUCCUGCCUGGUGCUGAGGAGCAGGAGCUGUGAUUUCUUCUCUGUUUUUGUGUGCUAUUUCCAGCAUGUUGUUGCCCCUGUUCCUGCCUCUCCUGUGACGCCCGUCCUCAGAGCAGUGGGAACCGUCACCGCUCUGGCUAGCGAUGCUGGCUGGAUGUCGGGCUGCUUUCAGCUCAGCUUUGCAGCCUUUUCCUUGUGUUGGCUGGCACUUGGCAGGACUGCCCCGUGCUUAUCUGGUGGGACAUUUAGGAUCAGUCUUGGCGUGAGCUUGAAGCCGAUCUGGAACUGCAGGAUUAAUGGAGACGCAAUGAGAGCAUAGCCAGCCCCCUCCCUUGGGCCGGGACCGAUGCUGCCUCGCCGCAGCAGCCACCAUGGAGGUAGCUAAUACCAAAGAUUUCCAGUGGAAAACCCUCGCCCCGCUCCCAAGCAGCAGGGUCUACUCGACACUGGUGGAAGCCGGCGGGCAGGUGUUUGCCAUCGGGGGCUGCGAUGACAACGGUGUCCCCAUGGACUGCUUCGAGGUCUACUCCCCCGAGGCUGACCAGUGGACCUCGCUGCCGGCCAUGCCCACGGCCCGAGCAGGGGUGGCCGUGGUCACCUUGGGCAAGAGGAUCAUGGUGAUAGGAGGGGUUGGAGUGAAUCAGAUGCCGCUGAAGAUAGUGGAGAUGUACAACAUAGAUGAGGGCAAGUGGAAGAAGAGGAACUCGCUGAGAGAGGCAGCCAUGGGCAUCUCGGUGACUGCAAAAGACUACAGAGUCUAUGCGGCUGGUGGGAUGGGAUCUGACCUGCGGCCGCACAACUACCUGCAGCACUACGACAUGCUCAAGGACAUCUGGGUGUCACUGGCAGCCAUGCCCACACCCAGGUACGCUGCCACAUCCUUCCUGCGAGGCACCAAGAUCUACGUGCUGGGUGGAAGGCAAUCCAAGUACGCUGUCAACGCCUUCGAGGUCUUUGACACGGAGACCAGAUCGUGGACCAAGUUUCCCAACAUCCCCAACAAAAGGGCCUUCUCCAGCUUCGUGCCCACAGAAGACAAACUCUUCAGUCUGGGGGGCCUGCGGCAGGGACGGCUCUACCGGCAGCCCAAGUUCAUGAGGACUGUGGACAUGUUUGACAUGGAACAAGGUGGCUGGAUGAAGAUGGAGCGUUCCCUCUACCUGAAGAAAAGGCGAGCAGACUUUGUGGCUGGCUACCUGAAAGGCAGAGUUGUCGUGGCUGGGGGACUAGGAAACCAGCCGACCGUUCUGGAGUCCACAGAAGCCUUCCACCCCGAGAAAAACAAGUGGGAGAGCCUGCCCCCCAUGCCCACCCCGCGCUGCGCCUGCUCCAGCAUCGUGGUGCGCAACUGCCUGCUGGCCAUCGGUGGGGUGAGCCAGGGCCUGAGCAGUGCCGUGGAGGCCCUCUGCCUCUCCGAUUCCUAGCUGGCUGCUGCCGGCGGAGGACCCUGCAGCAGUGGUGGUGGUGCUGGGCAGGUCCUGGCAGCGCUGAGGCUGGUGAGCACCACCCAGACUGCCCUGGCAGCUCGGCUCUGCUUUGGAGCCUGCAGCCACAGGGCUGCUGUUCCUCUCCAUCCCAGGCACUGCUGGUCCAGCCCCAUGGAGGGAAGAGCACUUUGGCCAGGGGUCCCCUCUGGUGGUCUUCAGUGCUCUGUGGGGAAACCCAGAUGAAGGAACUGCUCGCAGCGCUGGUGUGCCGUGUCUCCUGCCAGCUGGAAGGACGCUGGAGACUGGGGCAUGGGCAGUGUCUCCCUGCCACCGUCCUGACCCACUACCAAAGGCGGCAUGUUCAGAGGUGUUAGGGGUAUCCCCACAGGUCGGUGGUAGCUCAGGGAGAACCGGUGUGGUGUUGCCCUCUUAGAGCGUCCUGGGAUCUGUGCGUGCUUCCCUGCGUGGAUCCUCUUGGCUUGCAACAAGGGAAACUCCUAGCGUGCAGCCAGAUUCAGGGGAUUGUUCUUCUGCCUUCAUAGCAAGGCUUUUCCUGCCAACCUGUAGCAUCUGCCUGUCGCUUUGGCAGAAGCUGGAGUGAGGGGCUCCUGGUGCUCCUGGGAGGGAUGAAUGCCCAAGGGACUGUUUUGGUUAGAGGGAAGACCUCACUUUUGGCACAGGACUAGCACAGAUACUGCCUUUGCUGGGUUUCAUGUGGGGAUGGCCUCAGCCUACAAUGUUCCAACCUGGGUUUUAGCUCCUUUUGAUGAUUUAGGAUCUCCUGGUCAGCCCUGGGAGAGAGGAGCAGAACUGAACUCUGGUUCUGGGGGCUGGCUUUGACCGUGGCUUUGCUGGCAGUGAAGCUAGAAGCCCCUGGCUGUUGCCCCCUCUCUGGUUUUGCUCUUGCCGGGCAGUUGCCGGGAGGGAUGACCGAGCCGUCCGGUUACAAUUCCAGCUUGUAGCAGCUGCACCAUUAAAAGCUCUUUUCGGCAAAACCCUUGGAGCAGCCCAGCUACGCACUUCUGGGGCUUGUGAUGGCGUGAAAAUACGGGAUCCAGACUGAAAACGGGGAGCGGGGGGACCGCGGUGGUGCGUGCCCCAUCCCUUGUUCCUUCCCGAGGUGGCACAUCCCCCUUUCCAGCGGUGCCCGGCGGGGAGGGGGUGGCGGCCGCCGGGGGCUCGGCCGUGCCGGGCGCUGCGGAGCACCGGGGCCACCGUGCGGCGGCCGCGGCAACGGCAGGGGCGGCCCGGGGGGGCGGGGGUCGCUGCGGCCCCGGGAUGCCCCAGGCGAGCAGUGACCGGCCCCACCGGCUGCAUCUGCCCCGGUGGGAGCCGGCCGGUGCCCUCCGGCCCCUCGGUGCUGGGGGGGUCGCGGGUGGCUGCUUUGGAGCGCAGCCCUGUCAGCUCCCCGGUCCCCUCUCUCUGAUCUCCAAAUGCUGCGGAGCUCAGAUGAAAGGGGAAAAGCACCAACUCUGCCACCACCAACCCGCUCGCUAAUGAUUUACAUCCCACCUGCUUGUCUCUGGCUGCGUAUGUUGGCAGAACAGCGCCUGUCCCCAUCCUCUGUCAUGUUCCCAUCUGUGGCCCUGGUGCUUUGCUGGGGUUUUUUGCAUCGUGUUUUGGAAGGUUGUAGAAAUGCAAAGAGCAAACGGCAGAAAGGAGCUCUACCCCGAUGCAGAUACACAGCUCCGGCCAGGGUGGUGGAGCAGGUCACAGCAGUGCUGGGUUGUGCUUUAGGCCCCUGGUGAGGAGCACGGAGCCCAGUGGGGACGAUCUUGACAUGGUGCCACUGGGGAGGGCUCCAGGGUGAGAAGUGCUGGGGGGUGAGGCUGCAGGGAUGGUGAGCGGGGCACUGGGGCCAGGCGUUUCUGUCUAAUGGCAUCCCUGGGUGAUUAAAGGUCUGGUGGGUCUAGCAGAGCCGAGGGAAGGUGCUAAGAGCAUCCCUCUCUGCGCGUGCAGCCCUGGGGGUGCUGCCUCCUGACCCCAGAAGGCUCAUAAAACAUCCCUUUGAACUGUAAAAAUUUGAGGAUGGCGGAGGCUUGGAGGGAAAGGGGGAGCCUUCCCUUCUAGAAGAAACCCCGUGUCUCCUGGCACAGCAGAUCUCCAUUUCAGCUGCCUCCGCGCAGCCGAGAGUCUCUAGCAAUUAAUGAAGUGUUUUCCUUUGUCCUUAAGGAACCUUUCCCACACACAGCACAGCCUGCUGCUCCUCUGCUCUUGCUUUCUCAUUAGCCCUGAGCCCUGCUUAUUGCGGCGAGGCCGCGCUGGUCAUGGCUUAGGGUUUGGUGCCACUGUGCUGGCUUUGUUAAGCUGGAGCAAGGGGAGGAGGAAUCCGCUCCUUUUGUCUGGCUGCAGCACAGCUGGAGGCUGAUCCUUUGCUUUCUCCCUCCAGAAAGGCUGAAGAGAGUGACAGACAAAGCACCGUCAUGGGAGCAAACCCGCUCUAGGACUUAAUGAAGAGAUGUCACGGGCUGGGGACAAGGCUGGGGGGAGACAGUCCAUAAUCAAAGGCAGGGAUGUGCCGAGCAUUUAGAGAAGGAGA